GCAACAGUUGGACGGAAUCAACAGGCGGGAACGCGCGGUAUUUUGAUUCCUGUCCCGUAUGAAGUAAAAAUAAAUCAAAUUUAAUGUGUGCAAUGAACUAUCAAAGUAAAGUGAAUAAAUAUGUGUGCCCAAACGAUAGACAGCUUUCCUUGCGAGCAAAGUUGCGUACGGGAUGGUGCACAACGCGAGGAGAGCCGCUGUCGGCGGCGGAGCGUGAAGCGGUGGCCGCUGUUGUCCGCCGGGCAGAACAGCUAGACGAGCUAGAGGCCCGUCGCGUCGGACGCCUGGUGGCCAGGCUUGAAGGAAUGCGUCGAUCAGCCCAAGGACCCGCGCCAAGGGCGUGUCUCCUCUGCGGUGAGACGUCACGGCUGCUAGCACCGCUCAGGACCUGUUCCAUCUGCCGUAACUCCGCCUGUCCUAAAUGUGUGAUUGACACGCCCCCACACAGAUCACCAAUAUACUCCAGGGAGCAGUACAUGUGCAACCUGUGCGCGGAGACCAGGGAAAUGUGGAAGAAGUCCGGCGCCUGGUUCUACAAGGCCUUGCCCAAGUAUAUACUACCAGAACGGAAAGUCACCGGCAGGUACCACGACACCGAACUGGCGAGAUCUUUGCAAGUUAGACAGGAGGCAGGUAACAGCAGUAAUGAAUGCAAAACGGAUUCAGAGCCUGGCUCGCCUCUUAGUGUACACGCUCCAUCAUUUUCAAGACAACCGAGUAAUACAGACAGUCGAAAAUCUAUUUCUUCCACUCAAGACGCACACCACGAAUGGAGUGAAACGGACAUCCUAACUCAUGGAGUCAGUGGUCUCAGUCUACAUAGAACUGAAAGCAUAAGCCAACGGUCCAUAGCCGGUCUCAAACGUACCGGCAGUAAGGGAAGUGCCUACAGCCUUCGCAGUAUAAGGAAAGAGGUCCCCAAACCAGCAGAGAAACCUACAAUACCCGACUCUGGUUUCGGAACGCUGGAGAUUAAAUUAUCUUAUGAUAAUGCUACGUCAUCACUUGCUGUAACAGUUUUAAGAGCUAGAGGUCUAAUCGGAAUGGAUAUGACUGGAUUAUCAGACCCAUUCUGUAGAUUGGAAAUUUUACCGAGAGAAGGAACUUAUUCGAACAGACUCCGGACAAAGACCGUACACAAGACGAAAAAUCCAGAAUUCAAUGAAACUGUACACUUUUUCGGUAUCACAGAAUCUGAUCUGGCUGCGAAGUCACUGGAAAUAUAUAUAUUUGAUGAUGACAGAUAUGGUUGCGACGAAAUGGGUUCCGCUACAGUUUCCCUCAGAGAUUGUGUGAAGGCUCCUGUCCAGCUGCGGUUGGCUUUGUCCGGAGCCAGUGGCAGUGAGCCAGCUGGACCCAGGGUGCUGUUAGCGCUUUGUUACAACACCAAGAAACGUGCCCUCGUCGUCACUAUUUGUAGAGCUGCUGAACUGCCGCCUCAAGACAGCAAUGGAUAUUCAGAUCCUUUCGUCAAAUUACAUCUUGAUCCUGAUCCAUACCACAAAAAGCAUAAAACAUCGAUAAAAUGGCGUAACCUAAAUCCCGUUUGGAACGAGGAGUUUCCAUUCGAGACGCGUCCGACGGAAUUGUCGCGGCAAAAUUUGACAUUGACGUUUUGGGACAAAGAUUAUGGAAAACCGAAUGACUUUUUAGGCAGUUUAGUGUUAGGCGCUAGUAGUAAAGGGCGAAGGUUGAAGCAUUGGAUGGAUUGUAUCAAAUUCCCGGACCAUAGACACGAGCAGUGGCACGCUUUGACUGAUACACACCAUUUAUAAAUUAUACCAUAGACAAUAUGCUUUUUUAAAUCGAAUAUUAUACAAAAG